ACACAGGGGGGCGCGUUUAGUAUAAAAGCAGCUCAGGAGCAACAACAGCAGCGUGCGUCCCAGUUCAGACCUGGUUCUGGUCUGGGUUAACUGGAGGUUUCAGACAGAACUCAGCUGUGAGAGAUUAACUCCGGGAAUCUGUUUGUUUCAGGACUAUUUUCCCUCCUCCUCCUGGAUUAUGCGCUGGAUUGUGCGGCGCAGGAUUAUGCGGGAAACCCGCGAAGUGGUGCGCAAAGCGGAUGGAGAGGAGGUGCAGAAACCUGUGGCGUGAGGCUGGGAAUGUGGCGGGGAAACAAGUCUGGAUGAGCCCUCUGCUCUCCUGUUUGACUCCACCUGAAUGAUCAGGAGGUAGAGGAGGACCAGGGUUCACUUCAGGAAACCACCUGAGGAGGAAACAAAGGAUCCAGACUCAUCUCCAGCACUUUUUCCUUUCUUUUAAAAGUUCCUUUCAUUUCCCCCCCUCCUUUGUUAUUUUCUUUUUGGCCCCUCUGAUCCCCGAAGUGGCUCCGAAGUGGUGUUGCGGACCCUCGUCCCCGGCGGAUCCAGAGAUUGGAGUCUCCGCGCCGGGAGGAGGCGCUCCGGCCGCCCCGCGGGAAGCUCCGAAGAGCGGCCGCGUCAAGAGGAUGGUGCGCCUGGCCGCGGAGCUGCUGCUGCUCCUGGGACUCCUCCUCCUCACCCUGCACAUCACCGUGCUGCGGAGCAACCCGCUGCCGCAGGACAAUGUCACCCUGAGCCUGGAGCAGGGCGCGGCGCUUCCGGAGCACAAAACCCUGAGUUCACGAAGCGGUUCUUCUGAGCAGCUGACUCCUGAAAGUCGGAGGUCCGGUCCGGAGCACCGGUCGUCCCACCAGCCUGCAUCGCUGCCCUGGGCKCAGGACGGCACCAAAGACGGCCCUGGGGCCUUCCUUCUGGAUCUGCAGAACUUCCCGGACCUCUCCAAAGCUGACAUCAAUGGACAGAAUCCCAACAUCCAGGUGACCAUUGAAGUGGUGGAUGGUCUGGAGGGCCAUCAACCUGAGAAUGGGCUCCGUAAAGAACCCAAACCCAGCUGGGCCUCUCCUAACUGGAGAAACUGGUGGCCUCACACGUCUUCAUCCUCCUCCCAUCAACCAGAUGUGCACGAUCGCUCCUACGGGAGCAAAACCAAGGACAGCAACUUCCUCAGGCCACCGGCAGACUGGGACAGGAGGGGAAGCAAAACCCAAACUGAAUAUGACUACAUGGACGGAGAGGGAGACUGGAGUACCUGGUCGACCUGCAGCGUCACCUGUGGGAACGGCAACCAGAAAAGAACGCGGUCAUGUGGCUACGCCUGCACGGCCACCGAGUCCCGAACGUGUGACAUGCCCAACUGUCCAGGUAUUGAAGAUGCCUUCAAGACCGCAGCCACCGAAGUGAGCCUGUUAGCUGGAAAAAAUGAGUUUAAUGCCACAGAGCUCUUUGGUGUUGACACAGACAGCUGCGAGCGGUGGAUGAACUGCAAAAGUGACUUUCUGAAGAAGUACAUGACUAAAGUGGCAAACGACCUUCCCAGCUGCCCUUGCUCUUACCCCACCGAGGUGGCGUACAGCACCGCGGACGUACACGACGYCCCCACGCGCCGAGACUUCCGCUGGAAAGACGCCAGCGGGCCCAAAGAGAAGCUGGAGAUCUACAAGCCCACGGCCCGCUACUGCAUCCGCUCCAUGCUGACCUUCGAGUCCACCACGCUGGCGGCGCAGCACUGUUGCUACGACGACAGCAUGAAGCUCAUCACUCGGGGCAAAGGGGCCGGCACGCCCAACCUCAUCAGCACAGAGUUCUCCGCUGACCUGCACUAUAAGGUGGACAUCCUGCCCUGGAUCGUCUGCAAAGGAGACUGGAGCCGCUACAACCAUGCCAGGCCGCCAAACAAUGGGCAGAAAUGUCCGGACAGUCCCCAGGAUGAGGACUACUACAAACAGUUUGAAGAAGCAAGGGAGUUCUAGUCCGCUGUGAGGUGAAAAGACAAAAAAAUAAUAAUAAUUCAAAUUAAACGGCCUGAAUCAGCCAGAGACCCUUGCAUGUUCAUGUAAAUGUAACUCAGUCUCAAAGGGAUGAACGUGUUCUUAAAAAGAGGCUUGUUUUUGUAGAAACGCCUGUUUAGUUUGUCUCAGUAGAUUCUGUGGUUUUAGAUUAAUGAGGUCCUCCAGGAAUGAGUUGGAGGGCCGUGGGGGGGGGGGGGGGAUCCAGAGAACAGGGGCAUCUGGGUUCUUUUGUAAUUUUAUUAAUCGCAAUAUUCAAGUUUUUACCUAAACUUGUGGGUACAUUUAUUUAGCAUGACACUUUUACAAUUUUCAUCAAUUUACAACAGUAAUUUAACUGUCCUCGAGGGGGUUUUCAUUGUAAAAAGCCUGCAUUAUUUUUGUAAAGUAUUUAUUAAGUUGUAGUUGCGUUCAGGUUUGGCGUCUAUGACUGAGGUUUUUAGUCACAUAAGGAUGAAUGUUGCCUUGAGAUUCCUCUCUAGUUUCUUUUUUGUUGUUGCCAUCCUUGUGCAAAUCUGUCUCAAGUUACUGGAUCUAAAUAGUGUGUAAAGAAUGUGUGAAUUCAACUUUAAGGACAGAUUUGUUUAAGAUAUAAUUCUAUAAAUAAUUUUUUUUAAAGUGGAAUAAAUGAAUUUUCAUGAUGUCACAAAAAGUAUCUUAAAAAAAGCAAUGAAUUGAUGAUUGAAUAAACCCCAUUAAACAUAUCAAAUGGUGAAAAUAUUAAAAUUAGAAAAAAAGAGUUUUUGAUUUUAUUUUUUUGGCAGAAACACAUCUUAAAAUAGUUGGAACAAGGGAAACAAACAACUGUAAAAGUAAAUGGUAGGAAUAGGAAACAGCUGGAAAAGCAAUUUGUAACAAAUUACGUUAACUGCAAAAAAGACUAGAAAAAGUUUUUGUCCCUCAAAUAAAUAAAUAAGAUUUAAAGACUUUGAA